AUGGCCGGUGACAGCGACACAAAGCCGGGGGAGCACACCGACAUUUACCGGGCUCCCUUCCUCAUCGGGGUCUCUGGUGGCACAGCCAGUGGAAAGUCCUCAGUGUGCAGUAAGAUCAUAGAGCUGCUGGGACAGAAUGAGAUCGACCACCACCAGAGGCAAGUGGCCAUCCUCAGCCAGGACAGCUUCUACAGAGUCCUCACACCGGAGCAGAAGACCAAGGCCCUGAAGGGACAGUUCAACUUUGACCACCCAGAUGCGUUUGAUAACGAGCUCAUCGUUUCAACUCUGUGUGACAUCAAAGCUGGAAAAACGGUUCACAUACCAGUCUAUGACUUUGUGAGCCACUCCAGGAAGCAGGAGGCGGUGACCGUGUACCCGGCUGAUGUGGUUCUGUUUGAAGGGAUCCUCAUGUUUUACUCUCAGCAGAUCAGGGACCUGUUCCAGAUGAAGCUGUUUGUAGACACAGACGCAGACACACGCCUCUCCAGAAGAGUUCUGCGUGACAUCAACGAACGUGGACGGGACUUGGAGAGCGUUUUGGCACAGUACAUUACAUUUGUGAAGCCCGCCUUUGAAGAGUUCUGUCUGCCUACAAAGAAAUAUGCAGAUGUGAUCAUACCAAGAGGAGCUGAUAACCUCGUUGCAAUAAACCUGAUAGUGCAGCAUAUCCAGGACAUCGUGAAUGGAGGUUUAACCAAACGGCUGAACGGGUGGAUCUGCGGGGCCAAAAAGCAGACCAUCGACUCCAGCAGCCGGCCGCACUGA